AAAUCAGGAACUACCUAAGAAAAAUGCGUUCAGCACGGGGAGCGUAUACAAAAAGACACGCACCCACGCUCCCAGUCUCAUAAACUCCGCCUGAACCUGAUCAGUCACACUGUGUUGUGCGUGUCAAUGGCGAAUACAUGUGGAUUUACAAAUCAGGCUACACUGAUGCUGCUCUUAUUAAGCUGGAGGGGCAUGCACUGCAAAGUGGAUCCUCCUGAGGAUCUUGUGAUCACAGAUCUUGGUCACCUUGGACAGCUUGAGAUCAAGUGGAGUCCUCCUGCCAGUCUGAUCAACAAAACCGAGUGCCCACAACAAUAUCAGCUGGAAUACUUCAACACAUACAAGAACCGCUGGACUGGAAUCAGGACAUCUGAGAGGUCUUACAGUGCCCAGUUUGACCUGAUGAAAGAAGUCAAAGUGAGAGUCUACACUUUGCUCAGUGGACCCUGCACUAGUGGUUCUCUGGUCAAAAGCACAAACUACACUGAAGUGAUCCAGAAACCUCCCGCUACAGGUGUUGAAGGUACAGCCAUCAAGGAGUUCAUCUGUGUGUACCAUAACAUGGAAUAUGUCACAUGCAACUGGAAAAGAAGUUCAAAGAUGCCAGCAACUGCAGAGCAGAACCUAUAUUACUGGCACAAAGGACUAGAACAGACAGAGGAAUGCCCGAAGUAUAUCAUCUCGAACAACAUCAAGAUAGGCUGUGACUUCAGUGGGAUCAACCUGCCUGAUUUCUCUGAUAUCACCUUCUGUGUGAAUGGCUCCUCUCCAGAGGGACGUCUGAAACCCAUAUACACCACCCUUCAGAUUCAGAAUCAUGUGAAGCCUCAAACUGUGGAGAAGUUGGAUUUGCAAACAGAUCCGGGUACAGAGCUGGAGCUUCAGUGGAAAUCUCCUGCUGGUAGAGUUCCUGCACACUGCCUAGAAUGGGAAAUAGAAGCCAGUCGGGAAGGACUUGAUGGAAAAAAUACACUGCAGAUUUUAACCGAUGAGCCUGAACUGACUUUACCUAUUCACGACAAUGAGAGAAGCUGUGUCAGGGUUCGGUCGAAGAUGAAUAAAUACUGUGCAGACAAAUACUUCUGGAGUGACUGGAGUCCUCCCACCUGUUACCCCGAGAUGAAGUCGACUCUCCCUGAAGCUGAACAGGACAUGGUGUCUGUGUACGCUUACAUGGCUGUUGCCAUCAUUACUACACUGGCUCUGUGUGUGUGUGUGUGGGCAGGACUCAAAGCGAGAAGAUCCAGAGAAGUGAAGAAGCUCAACUCUGUGUUCACCACACUGCUCGACAAGAAUCCAGCUGUGGCAGACAGAGGAAUCUAGAGAUAUGUGUCGUCAUAUUUCUGAAAGAUUUAUGAUUGAUUUUUUCCUCUCUCAUAUUUCAGGGCAUCUAAAAUGGCACGAUGAAGCGCCCAUACAGCUGACACAAGAUAAUAACGACAACUUACUGAAUAUAUUAUGUAGGAAAUCAGAGGUUACGGCAGUGUUUCUCACAGUUUGCAGUAUGUAUUAUUUCAUUUACAUACCCUGUGCCAAUCUUGCCUAUUUUACAUUUUUAGACAUGGUUGAAUUUGUGAUCUAAUCUGAGAUGUUCUUUUAACUGGAAAUGCUAUUCAGUCAGUUGUUUACUAUGUGCAUCAUCACCAGCCGCGAUGUCCUCCAGCAGAAAUUACCGUGCAGAUAUUUUAAUCAGGAGCAACUAUAAUCUUUUGUAAAUGGUUUUGUUUUACUUGAGGUUUUUCCAGAAUACUUGCCAGCUGAUUUAAUCAGAACGGGUUCAUUUAAUACUGAUGAGAGUUAACUCUUGUUACGGAUUUUUGUGUUAUGAGCUUUGACUAAUUGUUUACUUUUUGCCAAAACUCUUGCCAGACAGAUGUUAGUUUACAUCAAGGGUUAAUCUUAUUUUGUGUGUUUUUUUUUUUUUUUGUUUUUUUUUUGCACACUUCCAAACAGUGAAGAUAUGUCAUCUUGAAAGAAUUUCCUAAUUGUGUUUUCUAUUUAGUUCAGUUGAGUUGGAUUGAUUUUUUAUUGCCUUUUUUGGACAAGAAUUUAUUCUCAUUUGUGUUAUUUUUUCCUUUACGUUCAUCAAAAUUUUAACUCAACAUGACUGCAAAACAAUAUUCUUGGAGAUGUUAAAAUGUUUACAUUAAAAAUAUGUGUUAAAUGUGCUUCAUCGGUCCAUCUAGUUUAGGAAACACAAUAUUUUCCACAUUUCUUAUAUUAGUGCUUUUUAUGCUAAGAAUGCAUUUUACUGUUUAAUAUAAUUUUGGGGUAUAUGACACAGUACAUUACCUCAGUAUUCAAUGUGUAACACUUGGGUGUGGUUAUUGAUUAUAUGAUUACUGUCACAUGUUACAAUAAAAAACCUGUUUACUUUUUCAAAAUAUUUUGUCUGCAACUUUUCUACUAAUGUGCACAUAAAUAAAAGAUGGUGAUAAAGAAGGAUGAGGAGGGUUUCUGUUGAGGACACAUAUGGGAUGUUUUUCUUUUACAAGCCAGUGUUUCUUUCUCUCAGAUAUUCUAAUCGCAAGGCCUGUAGCAAAUAAAAUGUACUUUUGAAAUUUAUUUGUGAACAUGAACU